UCCAUGUAUCAAAAGCGAUUAAUCCAUAAGGAGGGAGUGUACAAUUUAUUUCAAAGGUUGAAAUUUAAUAAGAAUCAACGUCAUGGCCCUCCGAGCAAUAUGGGUGAUACCAUUGCCAGGCAACGGACCUUCUUCAGUCCUAUUUUCAAGGACAUACCCGACUGUAGAGAAAAGAGCGAAGAUCUAUGGAGAAGAUGCUGAUAGGAAUGACUAUGUGAAGAUUCCAAAUGAAAUAGAGAUCUACAAAGCUGUAAUUGAUGAACUUGGUCUGCAGCAUCCUUCCCACAAGUUUAUAGAUUCCAGGGAUAGCUGUGACAAGGUAUAUCAGAAACCAAUCUUUGAGCUCACUGUCAAAGAAGGGAAGUUAUGGCCUGUCAUCAUGAUAGAAAAGUUUGGAUUAUUAUACAUUUGCCUGCCUGUGGUUGAAUUGACUUCAUCAUCCAGACCACCUCUCAUUGAUAUCCCUGGUGUAUCUAUGGGAUUUUCUCUCCUAUUCCAAAUGGCAGAAGUAGUAGGGGCUCUUCCAAGGAAUGUGAAUGAGUUACAUCCUAAAGUUCAGGAGCUAUACUGCUACCUAUCACAAGCAGCGCCCUUUGGAUCGGUUGUUGAUUCAAAUCCAACCACAGUAAAAUCUUCCAUCAGCGGUCUCAUCAACACACAGUCAAUUUCUGCUCACACAAAGCAACCUGCAUGGCGUCCAGUGGUCCCUAAAACCAAACCUCAGAUUCACUUUGCCAUAACAGAGCAGAUACGUGCAGUACUGUACAACAGACCGGAUAUUGAUGAUGUCUACCAACUUUAUGGAACUGUCACUUGCAAGGCUGACUUGGAGGGUGCAAUGCCAGAGGUAUCCAUGAAUUUGGCCGUUCCACCGGACAUACCCCCACUGGAGAAUCUCAUCAUACAUCCUUGCGUGGCAGCAACAGACCCCUUGAAUAUACAACCAGGAGAAGUAACUUCCACAGUACGAAAGUUUCAUUUCAAUCCACCCAGCGAAAUGUUCAUUCUCUGCCACUACACUGCAACAGCUCCCUCAUCUGACCAAACUAGCACAGUCACAUCUUCCAGCAGACCACCAUCCGUAACCAUGGCAAGAUCCGCAACACCCACCUCCAUGUCUAGGUCAAACUAUUCAUUACGAGAAUCAAGACUGGAAACCCCAACAAGAGGGUCUGUGACCCAUCGAGAGGUGGUGACGCCUUCUUCAGAGAGGUCGUCUUCUCCGACACCAUCGCAGCUGUCCUUUCAAUCACUAGCCACACCCUCUGAGUUGCCGAUAAAAGCUGCUUAUGAGAUGACUGGUGAUGAGAGAGAGGUGCAAGUCAAACUCAGGCUCAAGCUGAGUGGAAGUGUCAAGAAUUCUUUUGAUUACUUUGAAGUUCAGAUUCCUUUCUUCAAUAGAGGUGUGGUGGUAGGGGUAGAUGUGAAUCCAAGCAUCGGCAGUGUGGUCCUUUCUCAAGACAGACAUAGAUUAGGGUGGAAUCUUGGUCAGAAGCUACCUUCAAGGAGUCUUGAAGCCAGUCUACAAGCAACUGUUCAGUUUGGACCUGAAGAGAAGGAUGUCAACAAGGACCCCUUCUGUGUUGGACUCAACACUUAUGCCUCUAUCUUCUUCAAGGUAUCAGACUAUACACACAGUGGAUGUAAAGUGGAUACUCGUUCAGUUCAAAUACAACCGAGUUCAAAGGUCAAGGUCACAUCAGUUCGAGAAUUCUUAUCAGUAGAGUACAAGGUAUGGAACUCUCAAGGGGACGCCCUCUCUUGCCUUCCACCAGUCAUGCAGGAAACCUGAUCAAAGGCACUUCAUCAGGUAUGAAUGCAGACAAGCCGUUGACUACUAGGAUGCAAGAUACAAUCGAUACAUGACUCAAAUAUCUUUCAAGUUCUAACUUAUAUAAUUUUAAUGUGAACAUUCCAAAAUGAUACAAUGAUGUAAAGAGUUUUCUUCAACAUCAAUGGCUAUGAAUCAGUAUAUGGCAGGUUUUGUGAGUUGUGACCCCAAAAUAUCCUCUCCAAGCACAACAGACUGGAGCCAUCCAUUUCAGCAUUUCACGUCCUGUUGAUUCACAUUAUUAAAGCAUAUCUAUAAUAAUCGCCUUAUUUUAUCCUUUAUGUUGGUGACUAAAGGUUUCGUCCAAAGUCAACAACUUCAACUCUCUUGCUUUUGAAUCUUAUCAAAGCAACAUCACUUUCAUUGCAUGACUCUUCAAAUCUUGAUAAAGUUAUGUUUAUGCAUAUAAUUUACAAAACAUUGCUGACAAGUUUGCCAUUUAAUUUUUUGAUGUGUAUUUUGUUCACUACAUCACUUGCAGAUAGGAUUCCAAUUUGAAACAAAUGAAAAUAGCAUGGGGAAAGUAAACUGAAAUGGAAAUGAUUUUAAUUUGAUUUGCAUAAAGAUUUUAUUUACCCAGUACUUUUAUAGAGAAAGCCAGCCAAUUACAUUCCGUUUUCACUUGAUGGAUACACACAUAUAUCAGAUAUGAUUGCUCUGUGAUAGCAUUAAGGUGCACACUCAUGAGCAUCGUGAUAUAGGACAUGUCCUACAGACUAAUGUAGGCUUUCUAGAAACAGGCAAACAAUUGCAACUAAUACCUCAGUUACAUUUGCUCUACGGCGAGUCAAAAACGGCUGUUUUAACAUUUUUUGUACUAGCUACACAUAGGUUGUUUGAAUAAAAAUAAAUAAAAUUGCUGUUUUUACUCGCCGUAGAGCAAAUGUGACUGAGGUAUCACUUAUCAAUUUUAGGCUCCAAAAAUCAAUCAUAUUGUUUACUUUACAGUUACUUACAAUUUGCAAUUAAUUGCUGUUCUGCUUCAAUCAACGGAAAAUAAAUUGAUUUGCUCUCAUGAAAUUUGAUCUUAUCACUUACAAUUUUUAAACCGCCAAUUGCAAAUAAAUUUUCUUGCAACUCCCCCUUAGCCUCAAAUAGACUUGCAUUGUGUUAUUUCGAAAGAUGCCCAUUGUGAUGUGAUGUAUUUGUAAUAUGAGAUAGAGAUAUAUUUAUUCAAAUAAA